CAUGGAAGACGACAGAAUUUCUGAGAAGCCCUUCAGAAGUUUAGAUGGCUAUAUCUCCCUAAAGCCUUCAAGUCAUCUCUCAAAGCAAAAGGCUGUUUUGAUCAGCCCGGUUGUGUACGGCAUCAGAUGUCUCCAGUUUUGGUACAGAUCACCAGACUGUGCUGCAGGCAAAAUCAACUUCUACACAAAGCUUCUGAAUUCCACUGACUGGCAGAAAGUGAGGUCAAUGAAGGGAAAGCAAGGUGUUGGUUGGCAUCAAGUGACCUUAUCUAUUUCCACAACUUGGGCACUACAGGUAGCGCUCGAAGGCAUUGUUGGCAACGAAGUAAGAUGUAAUGCUCAAAUGGAUGAUCUGGUUCUCUGUCAGAAGCCCUGUGGGCAGUGUUUACCAUAGAAUGAUCAGCAUUCUGUGUCACAAAUUAAUCACAU